AUGACUGAAUGUGUCGCUGUAAAUAUUCAUAGAAUAGAAGUUCCAUCUCUCGUUGAAAUAGGCACAGAGUUUGUUGUUCUUGACUGUCAGUUCAGUACUCACACAACGACUCAAGGACUAGUGAUGAAGUGGUUCUUCAACGGAUCUGCAAGCCUGGUGUAUCAAUGGAUACCGCCUCUUAAGCCUCAGGUCGUAGGAUUGCUGAAGGGAAGAGUUGACUUAAAUUUUAGAAUAUCUGAUGAGCCCUUACAGGCCUACCGUGCCAUAAAAAUAAUGAAACCCACGACAGAUCUCAGUGGCAUCUAUACUUGUGUAGUAUCAACUUUUAUGGAGGAAGAUCGCCAAACGCGACCAAUGCUUAUUUACAGUCCAGGUAAAAAUUUUCAUUUCAUACAAGAGAAGAAAUACGUGUUCCUGGUGACCCUGAUAUGUGUGGCCGAGGACUUGUAUCCAAGGCCAGAAAUAAUUAUAUCGGUACAGGGGAGACCCCUAACUCAAGCUGUAUCGGAAAUGAAAAUGGAUUCAUGGGGACUAUACUCUGUGAUAACAAAAGCGGUCGUACACGAUGAUGACGUCACGGAACCCUUCGAGGAGUACACAUGCACUCUCAGCUUACCUUCAGCGAAUUAUACAGCAAACCGAACCACCGUUUAUUACCCUGGACUGAUGCCAACGGCAUAUAUUGCUGUUUACGAGAUCCAGAAGCCGCAAGAACGACAAGCUAAUGGUAGCAGUGUUUUAUCGAGACAAUCUAUUGCGCAACUGCUAAGCGUUCUUCUCUCAGCGCUUCGACUCACUCACCACCCGGUUUGA